AUGAAGUUCACCACCCUCCUCGCCCCGGUCGCCAUCCUGGCCUCCACCGUCGCCGCCGACGCCGCCUCCAUCCAAACCGCCCUGGACACCAUCAACCUGUCGACGCUCAAGCUCAAGAACUACGUCGACACGUGGAACGGCAAGCUCCUGACCGUGAUCCCCAUCGUCAGCGAGAGCACCUCCUUGCUCGCCAACAUCAACCGCGGCACCAAGACUGCGGAAGCCUCCGAGGAACUCGACACCCUCGGCGCCCUGGGCGUCGGCCAAAAGACGUCCACGCUCGCCACCUCGGUCAACCAGACCAUUACCGCCAUCAUCGCCAGCAAGCCCAAGUUCGACAAGCUUUUGUUGAGCCCGACCAUCCUGCUCAACCUCAAGCUUGAGAAGAAGGCGACUGAGGAGAUGAGCGAGGCUAUUGUUUCUAAGAUCCCGGAGCUGUUCCGGGACUUUGCUAAGAGUCUUACUGUCCCGAUCUUUGAGAGCUUUGAUGAGGCUAUUGAGACUUAUAAGCUGUUUUAG